CCCCGUGCAGCCAAUGGGCGUGCGCGCGUCACUGACCCGGAGGCCCGCGAGCCGGCAGCCCCUCAAUAAGCCACAUUGUUGCACGAAACUCCAGAGCAGGAGUCCCGAGCCACCGCUAGGGCCGCCGUGUCAUCAAGCGGAGGAGAUCCGUGGGCAAGGCAGCGCGUGUGUGAGCCGUAGAAGUCCGCUCGCCCAAGUGAGACCGGACCGAGAUUCUUCCCAAGUGGAGCCUUUAGUGAUCCUGUGGUGAAGUUAGCACCUUGGCGGUGGGGCAACCCGACACGUCGCCAGCAGUGAUUUUUGGGCUCCUUCUAGCAAUCGGGACUCCCAAAACCUGUUUCCAGAGACCCUAGACUCUCAAGCUGAGCGUGCCAUCGCCUUCUUUUUGUGCCGUCCGGAUUCACUGCUCCCGGCUGGGCCGCCAAGCCCCCAUACAAAGCGGUCGGAUCGCGCUGUCCUCCUCCCCCGCACGCGCUCCAACCUCGGUUUCCCAACUCGGCGCCGUCGGACCGCGGCAGGAUGAUCGCCUCGCAUCUGCUCGCCUACUUCUUCACGGAGCUCAACCAUGACCAAGUGCAGAAGGUUGACCAGUAUCUCUACCACAUGCGUCUUUCUGAUGAGAACCUUCUGGAGAUCUCUAAGCGGUUCCGCAAGGAGAUGGAGAAAGGGCUUGGAGCUACCACCCACCCCACUGCUUCAGUGAAAAUGCUGCCCACGUUUGUGAGGUCUACUCCUGAUGGGACAGAACACGGAGAGUUCCUGGCUCUGGACCUCGGAGGGACAAACUUCCGUGUGCUUUGGGUAAGAGUAACAGACAAUGGGCUCCAGAAGGUCGAGAUGGAGAACCAGAUCUAUGCCAUCCCCGAGGACCUCAUGAGAGGCAGCGGCACCCAGCUGUUUGACCACAUUGCAGAAUGCCUGGCUAACUUCAUGGAUAAGCUACAAAUCAAAGACAAGAAGCUCCCCUUGGGUUUUACUUUCUCAUUCCCCUGCGUCCAAACAAAACUAGAUGAGAGUUUCCUGGUCUCCUGGACCAAGGGGUUCAAGUCCAGUGGUGUGGAAGGAAAAGACGUGGUUACUCUGAUCCGGAAGGCCAUCCAGAGGAGAGGGGACUUUGAUAUUGAUAUCGUGGCUGUGGUGAACGACACAGUUGGGACCAUGAUGACCUGUGGUUAUGAUGACCAGAAUUGUGAGAUUGGUCUCAUUGUAGGCACGGGCAGCAAUGCCUGCUACAUGGAAGAGAUGCGCCACAUUGACAUGGUGGAGGGCGACGAGGGGCGGAUGUGUAUCAACAUGGAGUGGGGGGCCUUCGGGGACGAUGGCACACUCGAUGACUUCCGCACUGAGUUUGAUCAGGAAAUCGACAUGGGCUCCCUGAACCCCGGGAAACAACUAUUCGAGAAGAUGAUCAGUGGGAUGUACAUGGGAGAACUGGUGAGGCUUAUCCUGGUGAAGAUGGCCAAGGAAGAGCUGCUUUUCGGGGGGAAGCUCAGCCCAGGGCUCCUUGCCACUGGCCAGUUUGAGACCAAAGAUGUUUCAGAUAUUGAAGGGGAGAGGGACGGCACCCGGAAGGCCCGUGAGGUGCUUGUGCGGCUGGGCAUAGACCCGACACAGGAGGACUGCGUGGCCACUCACCGGAUCUGCCAGAUCGUGUCUACACGCUCAGCCAGCCUGUGCGCAGCCACCCUGGCGGCCGUGCUGCGGCGCAUCAAGGAGAACAAGGGCGAGGAGCGGCUGCGCUCCACCAUUGGGGUGGACGGCUCUGUCUACAAGAAGCACCCACACUUUGCCAAGCGUCUUCACAAGACAGUGCGGCGCCUGGUGCCCGACUGCGACGUCCGCUUCCUGCGUUCCGAGGAUGGCAGUGGCAAGGGGGCAGCCAUGGUGACGGCGGUGGCCUACCGGCUGGCUGACCAACACCGAGCCCGCCAGAAUACCUUGGAGUCUCUGAAGCUGAGCCGCGAGCAGCUUCUGGAGGUCAAGAGGAGGAUGAACGUAGAGAUGGAGCGAGGUCUGAGCAAGGAGACUCACGCCAUUGCCCCCGUCAAGAUGCUGCCCACCUACGUGUGUGCCACGCCUGAUGGCACAGAGAAAGGUGACUUCCUGGCCUUGGACCUUGGGGGUACCAAUUUCCGGGUCCUGCUGGUGCGAGUGAGGAAUGGAAAGCGGCGUGGAGUAGAGAUGCACAACAAGAUCUACUCUAUCCCGCAGGAGGUCAUGCACGGCACGGGGGACGAGCUCUUUGACCACAUCGUCCAGUGCAUCGCCGACUUCCUUGAGUACAUGGGCAUGAAGGGCGUGUCCCUGCCUCUGGGUUUCACCUUCUCCUUUCCCUGCCAGCAGAACAGCCUGGAUGAGAGCAUCCUCCUCAAGUGGACUAAAGGCUUCAAGGCAUCGGGCUGUGAGGGAGAGGACGUGGUCACGCUGCUGAAGGAGGCCAUCCACCGGCGGGAGGAGUUUGACCUGGACGUGGUCGCUGUGGUGAAUGACACAGUCGGGACUAUGAUGACCUGUGGCUAUGAAGACCCUCACUGCGAAGUCGGCCUCAUCGUUGGCACGGGCAGCAAUGCCUGCUACAUGGAGGAGAUGCGGAACGUGGAGCUGGUUGAGGGGGAGGAGGGCCGGAUGUGUGUCAACAUGGAGUGGGGGGCCUUUGGGGACAAUGGAUGCCUCGACGACUUCCGCACAGAAUUUGAUGUGGCUGUGGAUGAGCUUUCCCUCAACCCUGGCAGACAGAGGUUCGAGAAAAUGAUCAGCGGCAUGUACUUGGGGGAGAUUGUCCGUAACAUCCUCAUCGAUUUCACCAAGCGUGGGCUGCUCUUCCGUGGCCGCAUCUCAGAGCGGCUCAAGACAAGGGGAAUCUUUGAAACCAAGUUCCUGUCUCAGAUUGAGAGUGACUGCCUGGCCCUGCUGCAGGUCCGCGCCAUCCUGCGCCACCUGGGGCUCGAGAGCACCUGUGACGACAGCAUCAUUGUCAAAGAGGUGUGCACCGUGGUGGCGCGGCGGGCAGCCCAGCUCUGUGGCGCGGGCAUGGCCGCCGUGGUGGACAAGAUCCGAGAAAACCGGGGGCUGGACACUCUCAAAGUGACCGUGGGCGUGGAUGGGACCCUCUACAAGCUACAUCCUCACUUUGCCAAAGUCAUGCAUGAGACGGUGAAGGACCUGGCUCCGAAAUGUGACGUGUCCUUCCUGGAGUCAGAGGACGGCAGCGGGAAGGGGGCAGCUCUCAUCACUGCUGUGGCCUGCCGCAUCCGCGAGGCUGGCCAGCGAUAGACUCCCUGAAAUCCAGAAAGGACUUCCUCUGGUUCCCCUUCUUCCCUGCUUUAAAUUAUAAGAUGUCAUCCUCUGUGUCAGAGACGGGCCCCUGGGCUUUUCCCUGGCAAAGAGGAGCCUGUGGGACUGGGUGUGGUCUCUGUGGAUGCUCACUGUUGAGUUCAGUGCCCAAGCCUUGGCCCUCCCGCGAUACAUAUGUUUUGAAAUAAGGACUUGUUCAUACUUGUCCAACUAUUCCUACUGGUUCUUUUAAAACUCAAGACAAAUUUUAACCUUUAGUCACCCCUCUGGCCAAAUUCCACGUCCCUGCAUAAUCCUACAGGAUGGGGACACUAAUGAAAAGAUACGGUGGCUUCCCCAUGGACCCUGAGCAUGGUAUUUCUAAGGUGAAGAGCAUUCCCUAGCACGGAGGCCGAUACUGUGUCUCCUCUGAAUCUGGAGGGAUCUCCACUAACUUGAGCCUGAUUCUCCCACAGGCAGAGGGGCAGGGGCGGGAGGAGAGGCAGCAUUGGGGUGGGGGGUAGUCCGUGGAUAGCCAUGUGGCAGCCCCUCUUUAACCUCCUUUACUAGCCUGGUGGGUUCCAGUGGAGGCUCGUCCUGGAAUUAAAGCAUCCCGAAUCUGAGAAAGCAAAACCAAGGCCAUGAGUGGGUUCCUGAGUCAUCCAUGAGCAAUGGACCUUUGGGGCAGAGGAGACUUCUUGGUCUGUUUUUAAGAAUUUUCCUGCAGAAGUGGAAACAACUCUAUUUUCAUUUUAAUUUAUGUUUGAAAUUUAUUUAGUUCAUGAAGAACAUCUGCUCCUUUACCUUGAUACUGUAUGUAAUGAUUGGUUGUAUGUAAUGUAUUUAUAUGUCAAUGUGUUAUGUAUAUAAAUACACAGGGUCUUUUCAGACUUGGCCUCUGUAAUAGAUCUGUGUAGUUAUAGGAUGGAAGGUGAAGAUACUGACAGGUUACUAGAAAUACCUCAUUCGCCUGCGGGAAGAGAAGGGAAGCCUCUUCAGGGUGAGUGAAUGGCUAAGUAGCUCCUUCCCGGCUCCUUUUUAAACCUGCAGACUGGGAAACGUGGAAAGCAGGGCACAGUGAGGGAAGCUGGGUCUGUGGAUCGAAGAAACCACAGAAACAGGCUGCUCUGUCUAGACCUUCCUGGGGCAACAGUACACCAGCUCUUAACCAAAGCAAACAGGAAUCCUUCCAGACAGACUCAUUGCUUAAGAAUGGUCAUUCUUAGGGUAGUCAGUAGUAUUUUUAAGCUAAGAAGAUAAAGGAAGCCACCAAGAGCACUUCUUUAAAAAUUCUGUCUCACUGUUAACAGCAAACCAAAACCAAACAAUGAAACAAUCAAAACGAAGAAAACCUCAGGGACAACACUUUUAAAGGCGGAUUUGUGCCCUCCUAGCCAAAUUGGUCUGUUUUGUAAAUGUUUUUCCAAGAAGCGUUGUCCGAGGGCUUCUCGAGGCUGAGCUGUUUUUAUACACAGUAUUUAUUUCAAACUGUUGGUGGGGGUGGGGGGAGUAGGGUGGCAUAAAAUCUUCCAUGCUCUACCUUUCAGGGGUAUAGUUAAUUCUGAAUCUGAACUCCACUUCCUCCCUAAAAUAUGCACACCCACACCCUGCAACUAAUGACCCUAGAACACUAUUGAGUGGGAAAUCAAGGAUCACAACAAGGAAGGAAAGACAGGACUCAACAGCACCCAACUUGGCACAUUGAUCACACUUGUACUGAGAACAAUGUCUAGAUCUGCGGAUCACUAAAGAAUGCCCAAGAAGUAGAGAUGAAUUUUCACUUUUAAACUUGAAAAUUAGGCACUGUCUGUGAAAUUGCACCUUUUUUUUUUUUUUAAAGGUAGAGCUGUGUGUGUGGCUAUUCGAGAUAUGUUGUUGGUUUCCAAAAAGGAAAAUGCAUUUUGAAUGUCUCUGUUCCCACAGUUAGGUGACAGUUCCUUGUUGAUGCUGCUUUGCCUGAUGUAAAUACGGUGAAUCUCAAUCUUGGACUGGGAUGUGUUGAUUCUCAAAUCUUUGAGCACUCAGUCUAGUAAAGAUGUUGUCAUGUAUAAUAAAGAGCUAGUUGAAUUAACUAUGUGAUGUUAACUAUUAAUAAAUUUUAACAUUUUUCAAAAUA